AUGCCUCUUGAAGUCGAGAUACCUCUCCCCACCUUGGACACGCUAGGAGCCGCCGUCCCCGCUGACCUCGACGCGAAACACGUCGCUACCGAAUGGUUCAGAUCGUUCGCCUCGUUGGUAGAGUCAGGAGACGCUGACGCCGUCGCUAAUCUAUUCCUGGACCAUUCUGCCUGGAGGGACAUCUUAUCACUCACCUGGGACUUUCGCACCUUCGCGGGAAGGGAGAAGAUCAGGACAUUCCUCAACGACCGUCUGUCUGUCGCGAAACCCCACAGCUUCAAGCUCGACGCAUCCUCUGUCGGGCUGCAGACCCCGUACCCGGAUUUAGCAUGGAUACAAGCUUUCUUUAGCUUCGAUACCGGCGUAGGCAUAUGCUCCGGCAUCGUUCGCUUGGUCCCCACAGCGAGCGAGGGGUGGAAGGCGCAUGCGAUGUUCACCAACCUCGAAGACCUGAAGGGUUUCCCCGAGAAAAUAGGCCCGCUACGCAACCCGGCUCCGAACCAUGGCAAAUGGGAAGCCGACCGCCGGCGGGAAGUCGCGUUCGAAGAUGGGGAGCCGACGGUCCUGAUCGUAGGAGGCGGACAAAGUGGGCUGGAGGUCGCGGCCCGACUGAAGUGCCUGGGGGUGAGUGCCCUGGUCGUCGAGCGGAAUCCGAGGAUUGGGGACAAUUGGAGGCAGAGAUACGAGGCGUUGUGUCUGCAUGAUCCCGUCUGGUACGACCACAUGCCAUAUCUGCCUUUCCCGUCGACUUGGCCUGUGUACGCCCCGUCAAAGAAAUUGGCCAAUUGGCUUGAAGGCUACGCAGAAAUCAUGGAGCUGAACGUCUGGACGUCGGCUUCAGUAGAAAAGGUGGUUCAAGACAAAUCGUCCGGGAAGUGGAUGGUGACAGUUCGGCGAGCAAACGGCGAUAGAACCUUCAAGGUCAACCAUGUGAUCUUUGCGACAGGGAUAGGAGGCGGUAAGGGCAACCUCCCGGUGUAUCCUGGCAUGGAUGUCUUCCAAGGACAAACCCUGCAUUCGACGCAACACAAUACAGCCACCGAUCACACUGGGAAGAAGGUCGUCGUUAUCGGGUCGGGCAGUUCAGCACACGAUAUCUGCGCUAAUUACUACGAGAAAGGCGUUGACGUGACGAUGUUCCAGAGAAGUUCGACCUACAUUAUGAGCAUCGCGAAUGGCUGGAAGUAUCUAAUGGACGCGUUGUACUCAGAGGACGCUCCACCUGUAGACGUCGCCGACAGAUUAAACGCGUCGUUCCCGAACUCCCUCGUAGUUGAUAUAUCAAGGCGUCAGGUACAACAAAUCGCUGCGGCCGACAAGGAAUUAUUAGAUGGUUUGAAGAGAGUUGGGUUUCGAACUAACCUUGGAUAUAAGAAUGCAGGCUCCGGUUUAUUAGCUUGGGAUAAAGCAGGAGGGUACUAUCUAGAUGUCGGCACCUCUCAGCUGAUCAUCGACGGAAAGAUCAAGCUCAAAAGCGGACCUCAUAUCGAGUGUUUCACCAAGACAGGCCUCAAGUUCGACGAUGGUAGUGAGUUGAAUGCCGAUGUCGUCUUGUUCGCCACGGGCCUAGGUGAUAGUAGAAGUAUUAUGAGGUCGGUGUGUGACGAAGAGGUGUCGAGGAAGGUAGGAAGAGUAUGGGGACUGGACCCGGAGGGGGAGAUAUACGGAGCCUGGCGGGACGUGGGUGUUCAAAACAUGUGGUUUAUGACCGGGAAUCUGGCAUUGUGUCGCUUCCACUCCAAGCAUCUUGCCCUUCAGAUUAAAGCGAUCGAAGAGGGAGUGUUCGGCUCAAGGUAUCAGCUGGAGGGAAGCCUGCCAAAUUGA